AUGAAAAUCACAAUUCAAAAAAGAAUCGUUCACCUAUUAGGAUAUAUCCUGUGGUUGCUGGUGGCCUGUUGCGGUGAGCUAGGCCUGGCAUCCCACUGGGAGCAUGCGGUGGAUUUCGAUCACAACUAUCGGCUACUGUGGACUUCGAACAAUCAGGACAUAACGUUCGAGAUUCAGGCCAAAACACUUGGCUAUGUGGGGUUGGGUUUCUCGCAUGACGGCACACUGGCCGAUUCCGAUAUUGCGAUCGGUUGGAUCGACCAGGGACAUGUGCAUUUCCAGGAUCGUCACAUACGAGCCGGUAGCGAUGGAGAUCCCAUCAUCGAUAAAUCCCAGGAUUAUACCGUUUUGCUGGGAUACGAAAAUGUUACCCACACAGUGAUAAGAUUCAAACGUAACCUAGAUACCUGUGAUAAUAAGGAUGAUUUUCCUAUAACAAACGACACGAUGCGCGUGAUAUUUCUGUACUCGAAGGAGAAACCGACGAAAGGAUCAACGCUUCCCGGGUCCCUGCCGGCUCCGUUGGAAUCAUUCAAGGGCUCUCGCUCGGUAUUCCUAACACAACGGACCAGCCAGCACCCGCUGCAAAAUCCCGCCAGCAUAAACAUCCUGGAGCUGAGGAACGAAGAUGUCGAACUGCCGGAAAGUGACGAAAGCUUGUACUGGUGCAAGAUUUUCAAACUGGACGAUUUCCACCAGAAGCACCAUCUUGUCCGGUACGAACCGGUGUUCGACUCGUCAACAAGUGUCCUCUUUCUGAACCACAUGAUCCUGUACGAGUGUCAAGGCUUAUCGAAGGAACUAGAAAUGCUGUCCCGGGAACGUGGCCAACCGUGCUUCCGGCUUCAACCGAUGCACUGCAACACCGUUGUUGCCAACUGGGCUCGCGGCUCAGAUGGUUUCAGCUUUCCACAGGAAACAGGUUAUCCGCUCGACUCCCAUCAAGCCACUUUUUACAUGCUGGAAACGCACUACAACAAUCCGGACUAUUCGUACGACUUUUCGUCAUUUUAUCGAAAGAAUUUGAGCAAGCAGCAACGCAACAUGAAUAUUCACGGAGACGACGAUGAAGAUGAUGAUGAUGAUGGCGCUGACGUCGAUGCUAACGAGGAUACCGGUCGUGAUGAGUACGAGCCCGGAAGUGACUCUGAUGUAGAACUGGAUAGUGACGAUGGUGCUGCCGCCGCUGAGCAGCAAGUGGUUGAUAAUUCCGGUCUCAAGCUGUACUACACGCAAACGCUGAGAAAUUUCGACGCCGGUGUUUUGUCGGUUGGGCUGGAUCCGAACUGGCGGCACAUAAUCCCACCGGGCCAGGAAAAGGUAGUUUCCGAGGGGCACUGCAUCGGGUCCUGCACCGAGAAAGGUCUACCGAAGGAAGGAAUUAAUAUUUUCGCCGUGAUGACGCGCACUCACCUGAUCGGACGCCAGGUGAAGCUAAGACAGAUUCGUGGCAGCGAAGAGCACCAGCCAAUUGUGCAUGACACUAACAUCGAUCCAAGCUAUCAGGACUACCGGAGACUGCCGGCACCUGUGAAAGUGCUUCCCGGUGACAGUCUCAUCGCCGAAUGUAUCUAUGACAGCUCUUCGCGGAAAUCCAUCACAUUGGGUGGCAUGACGACACGGGAGGAAAUCUGUCUUGUCCUUACGCUAUAUUAUCCGAGACAGAAGGAGCUGACAUCCUGUCACUCACUGCCGAGUUUGCCGACGGUGCUCCACUCGCUGGGGAUCGAAGAGCUCGCCUCCGGAACUAACCCCGUUGUAAUUGCCUCACCACCCGAACUGGCCGGUAUGACGUUGGAAAAGCGGCUCACCUCGUACGAUUGGGCCAACCAGUUUGAAAGCUUCCAGUACGUGACCCGAAGGGGCUCGUUCAAACCGCUCUGCUGGACACCGAACAACAGCAUGCUGCCGGGCAUCGAGCUGGAAUCGUACGGCAGUAACAUAACGCGCUACUGGAAACCGGUCAACAAAUGCCGCAACAUUCACACCAAUAUGGUUACGGAACCGAUGCAGGAUAGCGACGGUAGCCAGCCGAACAUGAUCGACAUGCCGGCGAUGGACGAUCACGAGUCCACCAACAUGAUCGACGUCGAUUUGCGGGCCAAAGUGGCCCGGCCAAACAGUAAUGCCAACAAUCAGGGUGGGGGUCGCCCUACCAGCACCGGAGGACACAGCGACGGGUGCCGCCAACUUCCGAGGUACGAAAAUGUGUUUGCUACCUUAGCACUGCUGGCCACCAGCCGCAUCGUGAUCGGAUUAAUUUAA